CCAGAGUCGGCGACCCUGGAGCCGUCCGAAGCCUCGGGCAGGCCUGAGGCGCAGGAGGACGAGGACGAAGAGGAGGCGCUGCCGCACUCCGAGGCGGUGGACGUCUUCCAGGAGGGUCUGGCCAUGGUGGUGCAGGACCCGCUCCUCUGCGAUCUCCCCAUCCAGGUCACUUUAGAAGAGGUCAAUUCCCAGAUAGCACUAGAAUAUGGCCAAGCAAUGACGGUCCGAGUUUGCAAGAUGGACGGAGAAGUCAUGCCUGUGGUUGUCGUGCAGAACGCCACAGUCCUGGACCUGAAGAAGGCCAUCCAGAGACACGUGCAGCUCAAGCAGGAGCGUGAAGGUGGCACCCAGCACAUCAGCUGGUCCUACGUGUGGAGGACAUACCACCUGACCUCUGCAGGAGAGAAGCUCACGGAAGACAGGAAGAAGCUCCGAGAUUAUGGUAUCCGGAAUCGGGAUGAGGUUUCCUUCAUCAAAAAGCUGAGGCAAAAGUGAGCCUUCAGGACCAGCAGGUGGCAUACUGGUUAUAUCACUAGACUUACACGGUCAACCUCGGCUGGGGUCCCUGACCUGGUGGCUUGAAAGUUACGCCAAGUGUCUGCACAUGCCCAAAAUCCUGAGAAAAGAAUGGAGGAGAAGGGAUUGUGGUGUGGCCAUGCCCCAGGGGAUGAUUUUUCACUUUCUCUGUCUCCAGUGAGUACACAUGCCCUGUAGCCAAAAAAAAAAAAAAAAAAUUUCUCCCAAGAAAAAGCGACCCUCCAGAAAGUACAACUCCAGCCACUGGGGCUGGGCUUCAGCCAAGCCAUAUGGGGCCUCCAGACACUGCCCUUCACAGGAGUGAUGCCUACCGGACCUGUCAGCCUGACCCUGGUGCUCAGGGAAAGCGGGGAGCCUACUACCCCCUGCAUGGUAGGCCUGGACCCCACCUCUCCCUGGGCCUAGAUGCACCAGUCCUGGGGUUGUCCCGUACAGCUGUCAGCCUGAGCCUGUGCACAGAAUAAACCUGUUUGCUGCCACA